CCCAAGCAUUGUGCCCAUCCCCCCUGCCAUGUGGGAACUGCGGUCAGCCUCCUUCUGGAGGGCCAUAUUUGCUGAGUUCUUUGCCACCCUCUUCUAUGUCUUUUUCGGACUGGGGGCCUCACUGCGUUGGGCCCCCGGACCCCUGCAUGUCCUGCAGGUGGCUCUGGCCUUUGGCCUGGCCCUGGCUACACUGGUGCAGGCUGUGGGCCACAUCAGUGGGGCCCAUGUCAAUCCUGCAGUCACUUUCGCCUUCCUUGUGGGUUCCCAGAUGUCUCUGCUCCGUGCCUUCUGCUAUAUGGCAGCCCAACUCCUGGGAGCUGUGGCUGGGGCUGCCGUGCUGUAUAGUGUCACCCCGCCUGCCGUCCGAGGAAACCUAGCACUAAAUACGUUGCACCCUGGGGUGAGUGUGGGCCAGGCCACCAUGGUGGAGAUCUUCCUGACGCUCCAGUUUGUGCUCUGCAUCUUUGCCACAUACGACGAGAGGCGGAAUGGCCGCCUGGGAUCUGUAGCCCUGGCUGUUGGCUUCUCCCUCACCCUGGGGCACCUCUUUGGGAUGUAUUAUACUGGUGCAGGCAUGAACCCUGCCCGCUCCUUUGCUCCUGCCAUUCUCACCAGAAACUUCACCAACCACUGGGUAUACUGGGUGGGCCCAAUCAUUGGAGGGGGACUAGGCAGUCUCCUCUACGACUUUCUCCUCUUCCCCCGGCUCAAGAGUGUUUCUGAGAGACUGUCUAUUCUCAAGGGUGCCAGGCCCAGUGACUCCAAUGGACAACCAGAGAGCACUGGGGAACCUGUUGAACUGAAGACCCAGGCCCUGUGAAAGCUCCAGUUGGCUAGAGGGAACGUCCCCAGAGGGGCUUCCAGGCAGCUGGUACUUAAGCCAAAGAAGAGCUCCCUAAGGUCAAAACAGGAAAUCUAAUGCCUGGAGCAAAUGCAGAGGAGCCUGCACGCUUCUCAAGCUUUUAAACCUAUACCUCUAGCAUGAAAGACACCCCGCCCGCAAAAGACCCCUCUAGGCCGUAGCUUAACUCUCCACUUCCCCCCAAAUAAAGCCUAAUUUUUCUAACUA